UUAGAUAUUAUUUUAGUUUUGAUUGAAUUUUAUUAGAAUUUACAAAAUGUCAUGAAGAUGAAUUCAUCAAGAAUCUGGACAAGAUAUGAAUCAAGUUCAUUUCGAUUCAUUCCUGAACAUUCAUCAUCCUUUCACUAGACAAAACUUUCUUUUAAAUUCUACACCUCAAUAUGGUAUAAAUCAUGUUGAGAAUCCUUCACCAAUCAUUAUUGAAAAGCUUAUGCCAUUUACUGAAGAAGUUCAAGUGAACUCAAAUCAAAUCAAAGAAAACAUGGUUUCAUCACUGAGUAGUGUAUUAUCCAGUGAUAAACUUGCAAUGGCUGUUCAGCUUGCAAAAAUUGAUAUAGCAAAAUUAAAAAUGAUGUUAGAUCCAUGCCAAGCUGAGUUAAUGAAGGUUUUUACUUAUGAGAAAAAUACAGAUGAAUUAAAAAAGAAAAAAGAAAAAAAGAUCAAAAAGCAAAAUCCUAUAUCAGACGCUAAACAACGGUUUUCUUUAAGUGUACAUGCAGACACAAAGUCCACUGCUUCAAGAGAACUAAAACCAGCUAGUAAAAAAACAGAAACAAGAUUGUCUACUCUCUACAAGAAAGAAAGCGAAGAACUACAGCUUUAUAAUGAGCUAAUUAGCCAUGCAAAAACAUUAGGAGAUGUUGUUAAAAGUUUAGGUGCUCAGCCACAUGAUCAUAGUAAAAAAGAUUCUGAUGGUUAUGAAGAAAUAAAAAAAAAAAGAAUACGUGCUGAAGAACAAAUUCAUCGCUUAUCUCGCAUGACGUAUAUGUUACAAAAAAAUAUUCAACAGUUAGAACAAAAUCUAAGUAAAGUAGACUUGGACAUAAAUCUUGCAAAAGCAAAUAAAUCUCCAGAGAAUUUUUCGUUUGUUUUUCGUGCUGCAAUACGGGCAUUGCGAACUUUUGUUUCUCAAGCUCCAUUAUAUUUUGAUACAAACGGAUUCUUACCCACUGUAUACAAAGACCUUGGAUCACUUAUUCAUAGACUUUCAAUACUAUCAACUAGUAAUUUAUCUCAGAAAUCAGAUCCAGAUUCAAUGGAAAUUGUUGAUAAUUUGAUUGGUUCUUUGGAGCUUGCUACUACUCAAUGUGAUUCUUCUGCAAAACCAAGUUCUUCAAAUAAAAUAAUUUUUUCGAAACCUAAAGAUGACUGGUUAAAGAAAAAAGCAGCAGAUCUUCAAUUAGUAAAAGAAAAUACUUAUGAUAGAGAAAAUCAAUAUUCAACAAAUGAACCUUCAAAGUUAAAAAGUAUUAAUAAUCCACUCAAAAGUCGACUUUCACAAAAGUUAAAAAAGAAAAAAACAAAGCAAUUUGCAACUCAAAGUACUGAAUCUUCAAGAAUGAAUUUUGCAGCACCAACUGUAGUAUCUAGAAUACGUGAGAAACAACCUGUAGAGAAACAAAGCAGCGAUUACUAUAUGCGAAAUAAAGAAAAAGAUAACAACAUAGUGAAAGAAGCUGUCAACAAAUCUGGAUUUCUUAAGUCUUCACUUGUUUUCCAAGAACCCGCUUCAAGUAAUAGCGUUGAAUCCCAUACUGAGGCCCCUUAUGAUAAAAGAAAAAUGAAAAAAAGAUUAUCAAUUGACGAAUCUCAGAAUGAAGUGAGACUUGAAUACUUCGAAAAAUCAAACAAUAUUCUAAAAAUGACAAGCAAAGGUUUAAAAGAUAUGAGAAAUGAAUUGGCAAAUAAAGAUCUGCUUGUUCUCAAUGCAGAAGAAGAAAUUAAAGAAAAACUAAAACCUCUCUUGGAUAAGGCCCAGGCUAUUGCAGAUGAAGAUGCUAAACGUUAUGAAGAUUAUAAAUCAUCAGUUUAUCGAAGACUAGCAGAUGUUGCCUCUCAAAAGGCAAUGUCAGAAGGUGAACGUUUAGCAGAGUACAUAUUGGAUGAUCUAUUAUUAGAAGCAGCUAUUGAUCUUCAGAGAAUUGAUCUUGAAAAUGAAGCUGAAAUAGAUGCAGCGUUUCUUUGUGAUCGACCAAAUCUCGAAGUAAUUGAACAAAGGCUUCAUUCAUUUGAGAAAGAAGAAGAAGAAAUAAGAAGACAUUGGAAAACAAUGACGUAUACUUCACUGAAUAAAAAUAGUUUUAGUUUGUCCACGGAGCCUAUAGUGUUUACUUCUUGCAACAAAUCAACAAUAAAUAGUCAGCCAGAAUUUUUUGCAUCAUCUACAGCCAAGUCGAUUAAUUUUCCUCGCGGUGUAUAUGAAAAUGUAAUCUUUCAUAAAGAGCGAUACGAAGAAUUUAUUCAAAAUAAGAAAACUACAAAUUCCAACGGAGCUAAGAUUCUGGAACUUUUAGAUUUACUGAGUGAAGAAAUAUUAGAUCGACUUAUUUAUGACGUCGCACAGGAGCUAGAUGAAAACUGCCAUCGCUUUGUGGAGGAUGUUUACGAAGAAGAGUUUGUACACUAAAUAUUAUAGAAUUUAUGGAGAUUGUUUAUGAUUAUUUACAAGAAUAUUUAGUUUUAAUUCGAGUCAUCAACUAAGUAAUAUGUGUUAAAUACGCAGUGAAGUUUUCAUUUAA